GUUCUCAGUCGCUGGACCCAAAUGUCCCCCCUCCCGGACCCUUGGCCCCCCAUCCUGCCAGGGGAUGAAAAGCACCGCUCUUGGAAACCAGCGGACUCAAAAGAGAGGCAGAGGUGACUCUGGCGCCACCUGGUGGAGGAAAGGGUGAUGGCCUCCGCACAGCUAGGGCGCCCAGGGCUCCCUGGCAGUGAAGACCUGGUGCGGAUGCAGAAAGGGACCAUGAUGUGCAAGGUGAGGUCGAAAAACUGGAGGAGGCAGAGAUUCUUCAAGCUCCACGAAGAUGGCAUGACCGUGUGGCAUUCCCGGCAAGUCGGAAGCAGCGCCAAACUCAGCUUCUCCAUCUCCGACGUGGAGACGGUGCGGCCGGGCGUGGAGUCCGAGCUGCUCCGCAGCCUGGAGGACGAGUCGGCCCUGAGGCAGGGCUUCACCGUGGUCUUCCACGGCCGGCGCGAGAACCUGGACCUGGUGGCCAACAGCGUGGAGGAAGCCCACGUCUGGAUGGAGGGCCUGCGGCUGCUGAUAGACUUCGUCAAGAACAUGGACCAACAGGAGCGACAGGACCAAUGGCUGAGUGACCUGUUCCAGCGCGGAGACCGGAACCAGGACGGCCGGAUGUCUUUCCAGGAAACCAGGCGCCUGCUGCACCUGAUGAACAUAGACAUGGACGAGGAGUACGCCUUCCAGCUCUUCCAGGAUGCCGACACCUCGGAGUCCGGGACCCUGGAGGGAGAGGAGUUCGUGCAGUUCUACAAGGUGCUGACCAAGCGCGUGGAGGUGCGCGAGCUGUUCCGGAGCUUCUCAGCCGACGGGCAGAAGCUGACCCUGCUGGAGUUCGCCGACUUCCUGCAAGAGGAGCAGAAGGAAGGGGAGCAGGCGAUCGACCUGGCCCUGGAGCUCAUCGGCCGCUACGAGCCCUCGGAGAGCGGCAAAAUGCGGUGUGUCCUGAGCUUGGACGGUUUCCUGAGUUACCUCUGCUCCAAGGACGGCGACAUCUUCAACCCCAUGUGCCUCCCCAUCUACCAGGAUAUGACUCAGCCCCUGAACCACUACUUCAUCAGCUCUUCCCACAACACCUACCUCCUCGGGGACCAGUUCUGCGGCCAGAGCAGCGUGGAGGGCUACAUAAAGGCCUUGAAGCGGGGCUGCCGCUGCGUGGAGGUGGACGUGUGGGACGGGCCCAACAAGGAGCCCAUCGUCUACCACGGCCACACGCUCACCUCGCGCAUCCUCUUCAAGGACGUCCUGGCCUCUGUGGCCCAGUACGCCUUCCAGACGUCAGACUACCCCGUCAUCCUGUCGCUGGAGAACCACUGCGGCUGGGAGCAGCAGGGCGUCCUGGCGAACCAUCUGACGGAGAUCCUGGGGGAGCAGCUGCUGAGCAAUACCGACGACGACCUGAUGCCGGCCCUGCUGCCCUCGCCUGAGGCGCUUCGGAGGAAGAUUCUGGUGAAGGGAAAGAAGUUAAGGAAGAAAGAAAAGGCAGAGGAAGAGGAAGAGGAAGAAGAGGAAGAAGGGGAGCUCAACAAUCAGGUGGUGCAGGAACAAGAGGAUGCGCUGCAGAUACAGGCCCAGAAUGAGCCUAAGAGCCCGGAUAAAGAGAGUAAGAAAGUCAGAUCCCUCUGGUGCGCGACCCCCUCCUCCGUGGUCAUGUACCUGAAGCCCGUGCCGUUCUACAGCUUCGCUCACUCCCGGGAGUACUACUGCAUCUACGAGAUCUCAUCCUUCUCGGAAAGCAAGGCCAAGAGCCUCAUUAGGGAGGCCGGCAAUGAGUUUGUGCAGCACAAUGCCUGGCAGCUAACCCGAGUGUACCCCAGUGGUCUGAGGACGGAUUCGUCCAACUACAACCCCCAGGAGCUGUGGAUCGCCGGCUGCCAGUUGGUGGCUCUGAAUAUGCAGACGGCGGGGCUGGAGAUGGACAUCUACGACGGCCUCUUCCGCCAGAACGGCGGCUGCGGCUACGUGCUCAAGCCGGACUUCCUGCGUGACCUUCAGAGCAGCUUCAACCCGGAGAUGCCCGUCAGCCCUUUCAAAGCCCAGACACUUGUAAUCCAGGUGAUCAGUGGUCAGCAGCUCCCCAAGGGGGCCAAGUCCCGAGAGCAGUCCAUCCUGGACCCCCUGGUGAGAGUGGAGGUCUUCGGAGUCCGCCCGGACACUACCUACCAGGAGACCAGCUACGUGGAGAAUAACGGUUUUAACCCAUACUGGGGAGAGACAUUAACCUUCCGGGUCCUGGUGCCGGAACUGGCCCUCCUGCGUUUCGUAGUGAAGGAUUACAACUGGACCAUCCGGCACGAGUUCGUGGGCCAGUUCACGCUGCCCUGGAGCUGCAUGCAGCAAGGCUACCGCCACAUCCACCUGCUUUCCAAGGACGGCCUCAGCCUCCACCCGGCGUCCAUCUUCGUGCACAUCAGCACCCAGGAGGCGGAAGAGGCCGAGUCCUGAGGUGCAGGGCCUGGAGGGAAGGGGACCCCCCAGCUGCUGAGAGCUGCCGGGUGGAUGCUCCAGAGAACUGCGCUGGGCACAGCCCCAUGGUGGUCCCGAGGCCCACAGUGACCGCCCUCCCCCGCCAGGCCAGCGGCUGAGCUGGGCCUCGCCCUCUCUCCGCCCACUUGGUCUCAAGCCUUGGGGCGCUCACUGCCACCACCCUCCUUCCCCGGGCUGUAGGCUUCACAUCACCCCGGGGCCAAGGACUAAAGCGCUCCAACGUUGUUCCUGGCUCCAAGAGAGAUGGCAACGGGCCGGGGUUGGAGACGCUCCCCUACCCCCCCCCCCCAGAGCAUCAUUCUUACUUUCCUCAAAGCCCCGCCUCCAGGCUCCCCAGGCUGAGACUGGGAAAGUGGACACCCCCCCCACCCCUAAGAGACCACCCCACACAGCCCUCAGAGCAAGGAAGACCCUGUCUGUCAACUGCCCCCUCCCCCCCUUUGCCCCAGGGGGAUA